AUGGCCCACUUGGUCCCCUGUUCACCCGUGGUUGUUGAGGUCGAGGGAGCCAACUAUGAGCAAGAGCCAGACCAUCGACGCAAACUUGAAGAGCAACUGGAAUUGAUCCCGCAUAAUGCGACUUUCUUACGAGUGGAAAAAAACACCCCAUCAGACACGGAAUGGGGGAUUCUCGGCUCUCAUUUCUCCAACAUCCAGAAUUUGGAGUUGAUAGCCGGGUUUGACGAACAGCUAAAUGACAAGAAGAUGCCCCUCCACUGGCCUUUAGAGCGACUCCAGCUGAGUGAUUCAGUAUCCGAGUUACUUCAAUCCCACCAUGUCCAGGCAGGCUUGGUCUCGCAUCUGAGUCUCUUCUUCACAUCUGGCCUCCGUUUCGAAGGCCCAACUAGUAAUGAACUAAACAAUGAACAUAAAGCCGCUAUUGGCCGUGGGGAAGCCAAGAGGAAUAUUAUCACAGUGAAUGAAGGCACUCCAGAUGAAAGGCAGCUUGAAAUAACCUAUCUGCCUGAGCUUGUCUCCAACUACAUGAAUCGACACAUGUCUGACCUCGAACGAACCAUAAAAGAGGCUCCAGAAGGCCCUUUCAAUAUGAAAUCUUUGGAAAUUUGGGAAAAUGAUGCGAUCGAUACUUUCAAUCGUAUGACUAUGUCUCUCCCUCAUCUUGUGAACAACCUUCGCUCUUUGCGUAUUCGGUCCACCAGAGGCUUGGAUUUCAAUUAUACUCAUGAAAAUGCCUUUCGAGAGAUCUUGCCACAGCUGAGUAAUCUGGAAACACUGAAUUUGACGGUUGGAGAAGUAUUUGAAGACCCAGAGUACCUUCCAACUCUGCAUCUGAUCCUACCGCCGAACUUAAAAACCCUGCAUUUCCGUGGCCCAGCCUCAUUGUGUCGAUCAACGCAUUGGCCUGCCUGGGUCCAGCUUUUUGGGUCCAAAAAAUUCCUCCCGAAGUUACAGAACCUGGCCUUCGUCUUAGAUCUUGAUUAUCAGGAGCACGGGGAACCACCUACCAAAAAGGAACACAGAGCUCCUGCAGCGUUACUUUAUCAAGCCCGGGUGGCUUGUCAGCCCAUCUAUGACGCAGCUCGCCGUCGUGGAAUCCAACUCGACGCCAUGCCCGUUGAACCAGAGAUCAGUGUGCUGCGGCCAGUCGACAAUCGAUGGUGA